AUGGUCCACGCCGACUACGCUAACAUCACCGCUGCCCUGAGGGCAGAGGCGCUUGAACUGGUGGUCGAGCUGUAUAAGGCGCUUGCUGAAGACACCGAAUUUUACGUCGCCAACUUGGCUAAUGCGCUGUCGCUUCUCUGGCACGCCUACCACUCAUUAGGCGUCAAAGUGAACUGGGCCGGUUUCUACAUCACUCGUGACGCUGAUACGCUUUAUUUGGGUCCGUUUCAAGGGAAAGUUGCUUGUCAAGUGAUUAAGUUUGGCGUGGGGGUGUGUGGCACCGCUGCUCUGACUCAAACCACGCAAUUGGUGCCUAAUGUCCAUGAGUUCCCUGGCCACAUCGCUUGUGAUAGCGAGACCAAUUCGGAAAUUGUUGUUCCCGUGGUGGUUGACGGUAAAACGGUGGCAGUGUUAGACAUUGACUGUGAAACCCUAGAGGGUUUUACUGAAGAGGACCAGAAGUGGUUGGAACAGCUUGCCGCCGCCAUCGCCACCAGUUGCAAGUUUUAG